AUGAAGUGGACCUUUGAAGAUCUGGCCGGCGAGGCCACAACCUUCCUGGCAAGCUUCUCCGAGGACGGCAGCGUACUGAACGCCAUGAUGGGCACGGUGGCCAACAGCUCCUUCAUGCAGGAGAUGUUGCAGCAACUGGCAGCUUGGUACAGGGGCGAGCCUGUGGCAGAACGUUUCGGGACGACCUCCGAGUGGAUGGGGCCUGUCGCUGCACUUGCUGCAUUGAAGGCGGUCACUGCUCGUGACUGCCCGGGGAAGGAGCUUCAGGACGUGGAAGGGGCAGAGAUUCCUUGCGGCCCACAUGUUGUCCGCAUGUUCCAGGAGCGGGCCCUACCGUGCUGGUUGCCUGAAGACCCGGACUGCCCUCCUCUGCGCUACAACAACUAUUUUGACGGCGUGCGAUACGGCAUCUACGUCCCAUAUGGGCCUCUUGUCGCCUGGCCUCGCUUUGCAAACUGCACGGACUGGGGUUGUGAUGCCGGCGGCUGGGUACAAAAGCCCGACCCAGGAGCUGAGCCGAGCGUCGUUGCGGCAUGA